AAUCGCAACUCAAUUUAGAGAUUUUCUCUGAAUGAUUGCAGAAAGAAUGCACGGAAUAAUUGAAGAUCUCAAUGCUUAUUGAAUGUCUAGAGUGAUUGCAAUCAGUAAAUCGUGGGGUGACAUUAAAUUGAUUGUCUUUCAGCCACUAUCGCGCGAGGUCAUCGCGAAAAGCGCACGCAAGAAUGUGUGAGUGGAGAGAAAAGCCAUGUGAAGAAUCGGUUGAGAACUUUAAUUCGCGAAAAUUAAUUUCAGUUGGACUUCCUAUUGAGUGUCGUUCGCCACGAUUUAUUGCUGUUAGUUUUCUGCCUCAACAUGAAGUGGAUAUUCUUCAAUAGAGUGACAAAUGUGACGGUGAAGAAGGAAGAGGAUGUGACGAGGAAACAUCAGCAGAUUUUCUCACAUGUUUUUCGAAGGAAAACUCUAUGGGAACUCGUGAGAUUAUCGAGUAUUAUGAUGGGAAUUGAAUUGGCUUAUGCUGCCGAAACAUCAUUUGUGUCGCCAAUUCUGUUGGAUAUUGGAAUUGCUCACAGAUACAUGACAAUGGUGUGGAGCUUAUCAGCGUGUUUGGGCGUUCUGUGUUCGCCAUUCAUUGGUCCUCUGACGGAUCGCUGUCACCUGGCCUUGGGUCGACGACGUCCUCUGAUGAUCUUUCUCGCAGUAUUACUCACCAUCGGGCUGAUCGUCGUGCCGCACGGCCGAAGGAUUGGCCAGUGGAUCGACAGAGGAUCAACUUGGGCGAUAUUCUUCACAAUUCUCGGGACGGUAAUGCUGGACUUUGGCGCUGACAAUUGCCAGACGCCCUCUAGAGCGUACCUGCUGGACAUGUGCCUUCCUGAGGAUCACACGCGAGCAUUGAGCACGUUCUCGAUCAUGUCGGGUGUUGGCAGCUUUCUGGGCUACAUCAUGGGUGCCUUCGAUUGGGAAUCCCUGGUGUCCGGAGACAAUAUCGCCACAGUCUUUGCAAUUGCUGCUGUGACUCUGGCCAUUUGUGCUGUCUGCACGAUGACCAUCUUCCGUGAGAUUCCGCUGCGUGUGCUGGAAGAGAGCAGCACUGCCUUUCCGAGUGAAGUGACGCAGAACGAGAGGAAGAAAAUAUCCUUCCUUACCUACAUCCGGAGUGUCGUGAAGAUGCCGUCGUCAAUCAAAAUCCUCUGCCUCACGAGUCUCUUCGGAUGGAUGAGUGAUGUCUGCUAUUCCCUCUACUUCACGGACUUUGUGGGCGAGGCUGUCUUCCUGGGCGAUCCCACCAGUGACUCUCAAUCGUCCGAGCACGCAUUAUAUGAAUCUGGAGUGCGAUUUGGGUGCCUGGGAAUGGCCAUAUAUGCAUUCUCGUGCAUUAUUUUCUCAAUAGUCAUGAACCUUUUCCUCAAACUCUUCAGAAUAAGAACAAUCUUAAUUGGGGGCUCAUCAAUUAAUGGCCUGUCAAUGCUGUGUCUCGCCACGUGGCCAACGAAAAGCAACGUUUUGCUCCUCAGCAUCUUCGCGGGCAUCAACUUUGCCAUAAUCUUCACCAUUCCCUUUAUCCUCAUCGCGCAGUAUCACUCCACAGACACUUUCAAGCGGAACCACGAUGAUCCCGUGGCCAAGACGGAGCUUCACCAUCGCGGUCUGGGCACGGACAUUGCCAUCGUGAACAGUUCUCUCUUCCUGGCGCAGAUCUUCGUCUCACUGGCCAUUGGAUGCCUGGUGAAUCUCGUGGGAUCGACUUCUGCUGUGAUGUACUCUGCCGGAGUGUUUAGUUUGUUGGCCGCCAUCGUGGCCAACAAAGUGCUCUACCUCGAUUAAAGUAUUGUUAAGGUGUGAAAAGCCCCAGUGAAACAGGUUUGAAGUCACUAUCAGAGGCUUUUCCGCAGCACAUUCCACUCAAUGGUGGCAUUUUCAUUGACUCUCUUGGGUCGCGA